AUGGCGUCAGCGCACCUCCAGCCGGGCGCGCUGGCGGUGGAAGGCCACCAUGGCAACGAUCCCUUCACCAACAGAGCGCAGGAUGGCCAAAGGCAGCGAUACUCCGCUUUUGAUAAUUCGCAGUUCUCCCUGUACCUCAACGGCUCCCCUAUGCAAGCGAAACGAGCCCUGGAAGCACAUUUGGCCGAGACAACACGUAGGCUGCAAGAGACAUCACACCUAGGCAAUGCGCUUUUGCAACAGCGAACAGAGCUCGAGAGCAGAUUAGAAGAGGUGGAGCAGCAGGAACAGGAGGAUGACAUUGGGCCAGAGCUGCGCCAGAGGCUAGCGGAGCUCGAGAAGGAAUUCAAUGAAGUGGGAAGAGAAACGGCUCGCGCUUUCCUCCCAAGGUCCCGCGUCCCAAGUGGUGAGACCGACAUCACCGGUGGCGGUUCAGUCUACUCCAGUGAAGCCCAAAACUCGCCCACUAAAGUCAGCGUCCCCUCCCGGAAGCAGCGUAAUCAACAACCUAGCCGCAUCAACGACAUCGCUCUUGCUACUGAAAUAUCCACGUCCCUGUUGUCUCAGCUGAAGGAGCUACAGGCUGUUCUUCUCGAGAAAGAGGAAACGCUCAAAGCCAUAGACCUAGACAGAUCGCAGCUGGAAAUUGAAGUCGAGGGCCUCUCUCAACGGUUACGCACCUUGGACGAGAGCGAAUCGCGCCUCAAAGAUGUCAACUGGAAUUUGGAGACGCAGGUUCGCGAAGUAGAGGCACAAGCCAAAUCAGCAGCGGACAGGGAACAUCGAUUGAACCACGCGUUGAAUCUGGCACGAUCUGAAAACUCAACGCUUGAACGCGAAUUGGAGGAGCUCAAGCAGAUGCACACCAAGCUGGCCGACGACCAUGUCAACAAGAUCAGACAGCAUGAGACCGAGCUGUCCAGUCUCCGUAGGAACGUCGCCAUGGGAGAAGUGGAGCGAGGUGCUAUGCAGCGCAAGGUCGAAGAGCUCACAGCCCAAAAUCAGGAUCUAGCCCGGGCUGUGGCAUACCGCAUGAAGGGCGAAGACCAUGUGAAAGUUGAAGAUACCUCAGCAGAUGAUGGCGGAGAAGAAGGCAUCACUCAUACUCCAGAGCACACCCCUCCAGUGUCGCCCAGCAAAGCUACCCCGCGACAUGGAAUGCUUGAAUCGGAGACUCUCAAACACUCGCUUCAACAUGCUCAUCGUAUGAUUCAGCAGCUCAAGAACAAUAUUCACCGCGAGAAAACCGAGAAGGUCGAACUAAAGCGUAUGCUCCAAGACGCUCGAGACGAGCUUGAGAAGGAUCGCGCUCUGAAUGUACCGACUAGUGCAGGUCGGCGCAGGAAGAAUGAGAGCAUUGCCUUUAAGAAACCUCCUCGUCCCGACCGUCUUGGGGCACUUCGAGGUACUCAGGAAGUCGUCAUCGAUGAAGAUGAAUGGGAAGAGCAGGACGAUGAAGUCAGCACGCCCAGUCGUCAACCCAAGUCUUUCAAUCCUACACCUCGGGCAGUCUCAAGUGGCUUCAGCUCAGCUACCGAAACAAGUGCAAACGAAGGGUUUGAGACUGCGAAUGACACCUCGGAUGCUGCCUUUGAGACUGCCAACGAACGUGAUGGCACAACCACAGAGACAGAUGCUUUCCAGACGGGAGCCGAGACUCUUGAUGGCGACAGUAGUGACGACUUGACCGAGACUGAGGCCGGUGCGCGGUCGGUACCACGCAGCAACCGAUCCUUCCCAGCCAGACACAGCCAUCACGACUCGUACGAAAGUACAGCCUCCAACUCGGGUGAUGAGUACGAGAACACGGAGCUUCGAACACCACUCAAUCAUCAACAUUCGCGCCUUAGACUCAGGAGCAGACCAGGCAGCUCACGAGCCUCAACGCCGAGAGGGGCAUUGGAUCUGUUCACUCGGACUCCGUCUGUUGCAAGGGAUUCCCCGGCCAGCAUAAGCAAUAGUAAUCGGAGCACUCCUGCCCAAGGCAAGAGUCUUUUUGCCGAACUCGAAGAUCUUAGUGGGGAUGAUGAUGAGGGCAGCUAUAUUGAAGGCACACCGAGCCGAUCGAGUGUGCUCCCAUCUCGCGAAUCCUCGCCUGACGCACUUGGGAAGGCGAUCUACGAGAAAUCGCCCCUUGUUUUCCAUCCACCUAGGCCGAUGAUGGUGGACUCGGGCACAAUGACCGAGGCCAGCAUUCCAACUCACAUGGUCAUAUCUUCUGUCGUGAGCCACCAAGUAGAACCGCAGGCCCCGCUGCCCCCAAAACUGCAAGUGUCGUCUUGCUCUGCUCAUGAGACUUCACCCCGAACUCCGUUGCCGUCAAGACUGGGAUUCUCCUCCCUCGCUGCUCAGGAUACAGUUCCCAAGAGUGUUGCUGUGCCAGUGUUUCAACUUUCAAGCGUCACCGGACAUGCAACGACACCACAACCGGCGCCUGUGCCCCCUCUCAGCCUCUCGUCAUUGUCUACCCAUGAUACAGCGCCACAACUUGCUGUGGCACCCAAAUCAGACUUUUCAACGUUGUACAGCCAAGAUACAGCACCGCAACUCGCCGUGCCACCCAAGUCGAAUUUCUCGACACUGUCUAGCCAAGACACAGUGCCUCUUACUCCGACUGCCCACGUGUUGGAUCUCUCAGCGGUAUUAGCUCAUGGAACUGAACCACGCCACAUGGCAAGCCCAUCUCUAGGGUUAUCUCCUUUCUCCACGCACGAUACCGAGCCUAUCGUGCCAACUGUGCAGAAGUCUUUACCUUCCGCCUUGGAUGUGUCAACCAUCACGCACCAAGCCACUGAACCUAAAGAGGGUAUAGCCAUUAGAACGGCAGUUCCUGCUGCGUUGCUAUCAUCUGCUGUUGAGCCCAGCCCAACCACAGAGACGACAAGGACACUCGAGGAUGAGUCUAUUCCAGAUUCCAGUGAGCCUGCCCACUCGCUCAACACACCGCGAAUUCCCCUGCAGUUGUCUACAUUGUCGGUUCAUGCCACCGAGCCCAAGAAUAUUGCUCGUGUACCUUUCUCUAUAAGCACAGUAGCAUCUUCACAAGCAACUGAGCCACUUGUAGUCAAGCCUGCGGUUUCACGGUUGUCCACGAUGUCCUCUCAGGCCACGGAGCCAGCCGUACCAACUCGGGUCAUUUCGCAGAUCUCCAAGAUGACCUCUCAAGCUACGGAGCCUGUUGUACCACAACUUCCGCGCUUACAGUUUUCCUCUCUGUCAUCCUGGUCGACAGAGCCUAUGGAAGCACCAAAGCCGUCACCACCGGCGCUGUCUACGAUUUACUAUCAGGACUCAAAGCCUAGGGAGCCAACUCGACCAGCGCCACCGAAAUUCUCAAUGUUAUCAUCCCAAGCCACGCAACCAAUCGAGCCUCCACGAGCGCCUCCGGCACAAAUUUCGACAACAUUUUGGCAGGAGACCGAACCUCGCCAGCCGGUGCAGCGCACAUUGCCGGAGCUGUCUGGUAUCAGCGUGCAGGUUACUGAACCUGUUGCAUCAGUCGCUCCAGAGCGACUUCGACAGCAAUUUUCUAAUGUUCGAACUGUACAAGACACCCAGCCAGAAUCUCCGACACUCCCAGCGUUCCUCCCUACUCCGACAAGUCGACCAUCUACAUCGCAUCACAUCCAGACGCCCACUUUGACGAUGUCUCCUGUCAUAAGUCAGGUAGUGGAACCAGUACUACUACCUUCGAGGCCUGGUACUGCACAUCGAGCAACUCCACUGUCCCUCGGCACCUUGAAAUCUGUCCAAACACAUGGGACAGAGAGUAAAUCAUCGGCCGAGCCAGCUACACCAUCGCCUAGGGAUCGAGAACCUCGUCAGCCACUCACACCAAUCGACCUGAACGCAUUCCCCAAGGUUCCUAGAAAGCUCAUGUCCGAUGGGGGUACACAGACUAUGGUGUCGGCAGAGCAGAUAGACAAGUUAUUGUUGGCCCGGAACCCUAGAUGGAGCAGUGCGAUUGCUUCAGCUGCUGUUGAGAAGUCGUUGUCACCCCCAAGUUCACCAAUUAGGAGAAACUCAAACGAACCAGGCCGGACUUCGAGACGACCUGGCAGUGCUGGAAGUGUUCGUUCACGGGCCGCCUCUCCACCUCCUCUUCCGUCGGAUCACAAAGAAGUCAUUGCUGCAGCCGCUCAGAAGCUAUCUCCUCCUACACCAGGAUCGAUGGGUCCACCUGCCAUGCCUGCGUCGGCUUACAAGAGACGUCCGCAAACACCUUCUGUUAAGUCCAAUAGUCUUGCACCGUCGCCUAGAACCAAUGGCACGACCCCACGAGCACAUCGUCUCUCUCAGCGCGGUGAUGCCCGAAGCGGAGCGUCCUCUCCACUCAGCCGCCGAUCGUCGCUGUCGUCGUUCACGUCCGAGCUUGACCAGCGUUUCAAUAUUCCUGGUGGUCCGACCUUCGUGCAGACUGGAACUUCAGCUGGUGCAACUGAUCCUGAUCAGAUACAGGGCAUCACCCAAACGAUGAUUGGCGAGUAUCUUUGGAAGUACACACGCAGAACGGGUCGUGGUGGUAUGUCUGAAAACCGUCAUCGACGGUUCUUUUGGCUACACCCUUACACAAGAACUCUUUACUGGAGCGAUCAAGAUCCACAAAGCGCUGGCAAAACGGAAUUGAAGGCCAAGAGUGUGGCUGUUGUGUCUGUGCAGGAAGUCGAGGACACGAACCCUCUGCCUCCUGGGCUUCAUCAAAUGAGUCUAAUUGUCGCAACUCCUGGCCGGUCCAUAAAAUUCACAGCUCCCACGGCCAGGCGGCACACGACAUGGUUUCAAGCGCUAGAAUAUCUUUGCAAACGUGUCGAUGAGACUACAGAUACACCCGAGCAACAAGAACGGCAGCAGAACGGACUUCAACCGGGAUCACCCGAGGUUGAUGAGAUUCAAGACGAGUUCAAUGGCGGUUAUCGAAGCACGUCGCGGAUGACAGGUCGCUCGAGGGCUUCUGUGUCUUCACAUAACACCAGGCGGACUGUCUCCCCCCAUUACACAGAAACUCCAACACUUAGAGCGUCUGCAGCGACUCCUCAUCGCAUGUCAUCUACGGAGGCUCUGCAGAACUCGGUCAGUAAAAGAAUACCCACCUUCCUUCGCCCGGGGUCUACGUUGCGAGUGUCCUAUGCCAGCCGGGUCAGCGUGCAAGAUUCGAUCACACCGGAAGAACCCACGGGUUCCAAUUUGGAUCUCAGUCGUGAGAUCCAUGAGCACCUGCACGAGCGAGAGAUUGAUGGCAUGCCCAAUGUUCGGGCAUGUUGUGGCGAAGGACAACAUGACGUUGCUCACCUCCACAAAGAUUCGGUUCAAAAUCGGCACAAUCACAAGACUGUGAACCCACGGCCGUCUGUCAUAGGAUCCAUGAGUUCACGCAUCAGCUCUCGAGCCGAAUCUCGCAACGAGCCUCGCAGCAUCUCCCGCAACGAACCGCGGUCAACCUCUCGCACAUCUUCCCGCGUCGAAUCGCAUGCUGAGGCGCGCAACGAUCGUAUUCGUCAUCAGACUGAAAUGGAAUCGGCCAACUUUGGAGCUGGUGCAUGA